AACUGUGUUAUUGUCUAUUCCUCUUCUUCACUUUCUCUACUUUUCUUCUAACUUUACUCUCUCUCUCUCUCGCUCUCACCUGAAAUUCUGAGUUCACUCACCAGAUUUCCACUUUCAUCUUCUCAUUGCAUUUGAGUCUUCAAAUUUUUAUUUUUUUUAAAUCUACUUUUUCUUCAAGCAGCAUAUUACCCACUUUGAAUUAAUAUUAAAAAAAAAAAUCUAAUCUUUCUUCAAGCAGCAUAUUACCCACUUUGAAUUGAUAUUAAAAAAAAGUGUUAUCUCAUUAUUAAGCUUCGAUUCCCAGUGGUCAGCAACAUCUAUAAAAGAGUUCAGAAACUCAAAAGAAAUUUGGGAUUCUACCCUCAUCUUCUCAAGUGCUGUACUUAAUUGUCUCUUUUUUGUCCUUUGUUUUCUAUGUUAUGAAAAAAAAUAUAUAUAAAAAGAAAAGCUCAUGUACUUUCUUCUGUCUUUAGUUUUCUCUUGUGCUCUGUUCAUUCACAAAAUUCCUCCUUUAAGCGUGUAAUUUCCACAAAAUUGAUUUCUGGACUACUUUACAAACAUUUCUGAAGAAAAAAGGGAUACAUACAAUUGGCCUAGCUAUUGAUCUCUCUACUUACAAUAUCCAUAAUAAAAGGCGAUUAGUAAACCAGGAGAGAAUCAAGCAUGGAUUUUUCCAUUUCAAUUGCAACUUCAAUUGUGGCAAAGAUUGCCGAGUAUACAGUGGCACCAGUCGGUCAACAGUUGAGUUAUCUAUUUUGCUAUGCAGGGAACGUAGACAACCUCAAAACUCAAAUGCAAGAGUUGAAGAAUGCCAGGGAUAGAUUACAACAUCGUGUUGAGGAAGCCAGAAAUAAUUGUCAAGAAAUUGAAGCUGAUGUUCAACGCUGGCUGAGCAGCGUUCGUCAGAUCUCUGAAGAGGCUGAGAAAUUUCUUAACCAUGAAGGCCAUGCAAAGGCUGUGUGCUCAUGUGGAUCCCUCCCGCAUUUGGUGAGGCGGCACCAACUGAGUAGGACAGCAAAGAAGAUGUCAUUCGAUGUAUGUGCAGCCUCUGAAAAAAGCAAAUUUGAUACGAUUUCUUAUCUUCCUCCACUGGAAAGCUCCUUUGCAAUAACCAAAGGCUACGAGACUUUUGAUUCAAGGAGGGAACUUCUGGAGGGCAUAAUGGCAGCUGUGGGAGAUGCUAAUAGGAGCAGGAUAGGCUUGUAUGGCAUGGGUGGAAUUGGCAAAACUAUGCUUGCCAAAGAAAUUGCUAAGAGAGCAGAGGAGUUAUUUAGCAAGGUGGUUGUGACAACUAUUUCACAAACACCUAAUACGAAAGUGAUUCAACAAGAUAUUGCUGAAAAGCUCCAGCUAGAUUUUGGGCAAACACAAAGUAUGGACGUACGAGCUGAUCUACUUCGAACGAGAUUGAAGCGGGAAAACAAGAUUCUAUUAAUUCUCGACGACAUUUGGAAGGAACUCGAUCUAGAAGCUAUUGGAAUCCAUGAUGAGUGCAAGAUGCUACUAACCUCUAGAGAUCGAUAUGUUUUACACAACUUCAUGGGUAUUGCUGAGAGUAAUAUUUUCUUAAUUAAGACUUUAGAUUCAAGUGAAGCUGCAAGUUUGUUUAAAAAAGUCAUUGGAGAAGGAGUUGAAAAUGAUGAUUUUAUUUCCUUGGCCCAUGAGAUCGUUAGGGAAUGUGCAGGCUUACCAAUUGCCAUUGUAACAGUGGCACGUGCUUUGAAAAGCAGAAUGGACUCAUGCACAUGGGAGGAUGCGUUACAACGACUACGAAAGUCUAACUUUACAGUAAUGAGGGGAAUGCAUGAGAAAGUUUACUUAAGUAUCAAGUUGAGUUAUGAUUUUCUUGGAAGAAAUGAGGAGGCCAAAUCAUUGUUAUUGCUUUGUGCUUUACAUAAAGAAGAUGAAGAAAUAAAAGUCGAGAACCUAGUUAGAUACUAUGUGGGUUGGCGAUUGCUUCGAUGCGUCAAAACAGUAAAAGAAGCAAGAAACAGGGUGAUUUCAUUAGUGAAUGAGUUGAAACUUCAUUGUCUGUUGCUGGAUGGUAGAAGUGAAGAUUAUGUGAAGAUGCACGAUGUUGUUCGUGAUGUUUGCAUUAAAAUAGCAUCAGAAGAAGAUGAGCAUAAAAUGAAUAACAUUACUAGUGUGGAGGAAUUUUCUAGUCAUGAAAGAUAUAAAGAGUCUAAAGCAAUUUCCUUACUUGACUAUGAUGAUUUUGGUAAGGUUCUUGAAAAAUUAGAAUGUCCAAGGGCAAAAUUACUUCUUUUGUCUAGCUGGUCUCUAAAUUCAAUUCCAAACGACUUUUUUGAACAAACAAGGGAGCUUGAAGCUUUGGGUAUGAAUGGUGCAAGUAUACAAUCAUUACCGACAUCCUUUCAUUCCCUUCAAAAUCUCCAAACAUUAUGUCUAAGUAAUUCCGAUCUACAAGACGUUUCUAUCAUUGGGGACUUGAAGAAUUUAAAAGUUCUUGAUCUUUUCGGGUCUUCCAUAGGGCGGUUGCCAAAAAAAAUAGGAGAAUUAUGCCAUUUGCAACUGCUAGAUCUACGAUAUUGUAAUAGGUUAAAAGUCAUUGAGCUGAAUGUCAUUUCAAAGUUGACAAAGAUCGAAGAGCUAUAUAUCCCACAAACAUUUCAGGGAUGGGAGACUGAAGAAGGUGGCAUGAAAGAAAGAAGAAAUGCAAGUCUUAUUGAGAUAAAGAAUUUGCAACAACUAACAGUUUUAUAUUUAAGGGUAGAAAGUGAAAAAGUUUUACCAGAGGGGUUGCUUAGUGAAAAAUUGGAGAGAUACCAAAUAUCUAUUGGAAAAUUCCGCGAGUUUGAUUAUUAUGCACAUGGAUCUUCAAGGUUUUUGCGCUUAAAUCUCUGUCAAAGGAAAGAACAAUUAAAUGCCCUUGGGCUUGUACGGCUGAUGAAAAUGUCCGAAUGUUUAUCGUUAGUGAGAUUAAUGGAUGUCAACAAUUUUAAUCGUGAUCUCGAUGGAGAGAAUUUUCCUCGAUUGAAGCACCUUAAGUUUCGUAAUAAUGAUGGAGUUCAAUACGUCAUUGAUUCUACGGACCUGAUUCACUCUCAUCAUGCCUUUCCAUGUUUGGAGUCACUAAAUCUUGUAAACUUAACAAGCUUGGAAAGGAUAUGCCAUGGUAAACUCCCAAUAGGCUCAUUCAAGGAAUUGAGGAAGGUGGACGUGAGCAAUUGUGAUAGAUUGAAGAAUCUGUUCCCUCUGUCUAUCAUCAAACUACUUCAUCAUGUUACCGUUAGUGAGUGCGAGAUGAUGGAAGAUAUAGUGACCAGUGGGAGAGAAGAUGAUGAAGCUGCCCAUAAGAUUGAUUCUUUGCAAUUGCGCUCUUUGUGUCUACAAUCUUUACCAAACUUUGUCCAAUUCUAUUGCUCCAAGCGGAAGGAAACUUGUGCAUCUUCAAUGAUAGAUUAUUACAAGCCUUUAUUCACGGAAACGGUUUUAUUCCCUAACUUGCAGGAAUUGACUCUAUGGAAAAUCAGUACAGAAAAUAUAUGUCCAGAUCAACUUUCAUCCGGUUCUUUUAUGCAAAACUUAUCAAUCUUAAAAGUCGAAAGCUGUAAUAGUUUAAAGUAUCUAUUCUCUUUUUCUCUUGCUCAAAAGCUUUUAAACUUAAAGAAAUUGGAAGUUAGAUAUUGUAUGGCAAUGGAAGACAUAGGAAUGCCUAAUAAGAUACUUGGAGAAGAAGACACUCAGUUGGAAAAUAUUUUGUUCCAUAAAUUGGACUUUAUUGAGCUUAAUCGGCUUUUAGCUCUCCAAAGAUUCUGUGCAAAAGAUUCAUGCAUGGAAUUUCCACUCCUAUCAAAGCUAAUAAUAAAUGAUUGUCAAGAACUCAAGAUUUUUGUUAGCUAUCCAACUAUUCCAAUAUCAGAAGUAUCAGUUGACCAUAGAGAAGGAAACCAAUUGGUAUCAACACAACCUUUCUUCAAUGAAAAGGUUUCGCUUCCUAACUUGAAGGAACUCGAGUUUUUAAAAAUGAAUGUAGUAACAUUAUGGCUAGACCAACUUCCAUCAAAUUUUGACCUACAAAACUUAACAAGCUUAACAGUUGAAAGCUGCAACAAAAUAAAAUAUUUGUUCUAUUUCCCUAUGGUUGAAAGGCUUGUAAACCUGAAGAAACUGAAAGUAGUUGAUUGUUUGGUUGUGGAAGAAAUUCUUGUAAGUAGGAAACCAGGAGAAAAAAGAAUGCUGCAAGAGAAUAUUUUGUUCUCCAAACUAGAAACUCUUGGGCUCUCCAAACUUCCAGUUUUCAAAACAUUUUGUUCAGAAGAUUUUUGCAUCAAAGAAAUGUCAGUUGAUGAUGAUGAAGUGAAGGUCAUAGCAAAACAUCUCUUCAAUGGAAAGAUUGCAUUCCCCAAUGUAACUUCUUACAUCCACAACUUAAAAGAGUUACAUAUUACAGAAUGUAACAAUUUAAAGUAUCUCUUAUCAUCUGCCAUGGCUCGAUGUCUUAUACAACUAAAGAAAUUAAGAGUAGAUGAAUGUAAGAUGGUGGAAGAGGUAAUAGUUCCCGAGGAAUCAGCUGGAAGCAAAGGAAUAAUAUUAGAAAAUCUUUUACUCCCCAAAUUAGAAUCUCUUCAGCUUUGGGAUCUUCCAAAUCUUAUACAGUUUUGCGAAGGAGAUUGCAUUGAAUGUCCAUCGUUGUCUCGUCUAAUAAUAAAGGAGUGUCCUUGUAACGCCCCAAACCCCAGGGACCGUUACGGUGUGCCUUGUAAACAGUGCUAAACUCGCUAACCGAGUCAUUUGGC